GGUUCUCAAGUUUUGGACAGCUCACAAAUCGCUGGGCGAAAAGGACUAGCAGAAUAUCGGACUAGGAUAAGCUCGUCAGCUUUGAAUCUCCUGUGGCAUGAUGCAAGUACCCCUGCAACACUGUUCGUGCGUCUUGGCAGUUUUGGUGCUGCUCUGGAGUGGCGGAUUAGCCCAGUUGCAAGUCCAGGCUCAAAGUGGGUACAAUUAUGGUCGUCCCGAGGUAGCCAAUGUGGGAGGAGCCACCGCUGGAGGUCGCUUGACAGCAGUACCUUAUCCCACAGCACCAGCCCUACCACUUACUCCUGCUCCAACCACCACUGCAUAUGGGGCGGGGUUAUUCCCCUCACCCGCUGUUGGAUUUACGCCUAGUGGACAGGCUACUACUGCUUUUGGAGCCCCCGCCAUUGUCGGAGCAACAAACUCCGUUAACCCGCCGAGAAGAACUUCAUCUGGCGGAUUAUCUACCCCAUCAUCUCGCAAUGGACCCUAUGGACCACAGGCUUCACAGUAUGGAAAUACUCCCAGUGGUUCUCCAAUCCGGGUUCCUAGUGGAACUGGAGACAGCGGGGACUACAACGAUUCCGAUGGUGACUACUCGGCCAUUCCGGGUGUUCCUGGAGUAGAUUACCCUAUUUACGCCCAGGUGCCGCGCACCAAUUUCGACUGUGCGCAACAGCCUCUGCCAGGAUAUUAUGCUGACAUAGAGACCCAGUGCCAGGUGUUCCACAUCUGCGCCCUCAACCGGACCUACUCCUUCCUGUGCCCCAAUGGCACAGUGUUUAGCCAGGAGACAUUAGUCUGCGUGUGGUGGAACCAGUACGACUGCGUUUCGGCGCCCAGUCUAUAUGCGAAUAAUGCCUAUAUCUAUGAUUACUCUGAGAGAAGUGGCUCCAAUCUGGGAUCAUCGAAUUCCAACAAUGCCUACCGUUCGGGUGCUACUACCUCGACUGCCUUCGGGGCACCUCUGGCCACGACUGGAACACUUCGAGCCACCGGAGUGCCUCAGGUCGCUGGAUAUAACUCCGGACGGGGGUCCUAUCCUUCAGCCACGCCCACCCCAACCGCCCAGCCUCAAAGUCCUUAUGGCGCUGGAGCCGGCCUUCGCUCCGCCAUUGUCCCGAGCGCUGCAGUUAAUCGGUUACCACCAUCCGGAGCAGCUGUCGGUCUUCUGGCCACUGCCGCCGGAGCUCUUCCCGAGAGUUCGGUGGCUGGGUUCGGGCAACAGCAGUCGGGCGGAAAUAGAGAGUACCUGCCGCCAGCUGGUGUUGGACAACAACGGCAACGAGGAGGCACCAACGCAUAGGUACCAAAUAAAAGAUACUGGCGAACCCCCGGCACUUGUACCCUGUUAUAUGACACUAAUCUUAGUGACUCUAGACUUAGCCUCUAUAUAGAAUGUUAGGAGCUCCAAGCAUAUUAACUUGUAAAACCCCAUUAAUUGAAAUAUACUACCGAGAAGGCUUCAUGCAUGUAAAACAA